AUGAAGGCUUACACUGGUGCAGCUCUCCCUGGCGACACCUUUGGCAGCAUUCACCCACAAGUGGGAGAUGUGAAGAUUAUCAGUACCUCUUCCUCAGCGAUGACCCUUGAGGCGUUGGUCAACAUCACAAACCCGACACCGUACACAGCCUCCAUACCAUAUAUCAACAUUCACAUCGUGAGGGACGGUUUCGUGCUUGGCAGUGCUACUGCUGAGAAUUUAAGAGUCGACAAGGGCAACAAUACGAAUUUGCUUGUCAAAGCAAAUUGGGACCCGACUGCCCAAGGCGAAGCUGGCCGCAAGAUUGCCAGUGAUAUGAUAUCAGAAUAUCUCUCCGGACGCAAUGUCACCAUAGACGUCAAGACUCAUCGAGGCACGAUUCCGACUGCCCCUCUUAUUGGCGAGGGCCUAUCAAAGCUGAACAUCAGCAUCGCCGCUCCGAAGUUGGACCUUCCCGGAGAAGGCGAAAAGAAGGGACACUUCAUUAGAGAUGCGACUUUCCACGUGCUUUCUUCUACAGCGACGUUUACUUUGGUGUCUCCGCUACGGUACAACACCAUUUAUGUUGAUUGGAUCAACGCGACAGCGUUGUACAACCACACAGAGCCGGUCGGCCGUAUUGUCUAUGGCCUACCCUUUGCGGCGCCGCCGGGAAUGUCUGUCACGCCCAGGCUGCCUGUAGACUGGUCUGCAGGAUCAGUGGGCUAUGACGCCGUGAAGAGAGCAAUUGGAGGGUCCCUGACCCUUGAUGCAAGUGCGAAUGUCACUGUGCGGAUUGGGAAUUGGAAGGAUACGGUCUGGUACGAGGGCCAGGGAAUAGGUGCAAGCAUUCGUUUGUAA